GUCUUUUUUUAAUUAUACAUCUUCCUUGUCCACUGCGCAAGGUGGAGGGGUGAGAAACAAAGAGCAUUCCUCAAGAAGAUGUCUGUGCGAACGUAUUGCGUCAUUCCGCACUGCGCACGCGAGGACACAAACUUCUUCCAAGGCGUCUUCGAAGAUGGCAUACGGGUGCUCUACCAAGGUCGGCUGCAGUCCCUUCUGUUCUCGCACGUUCUCAGUCCCGCCCACGACUACGUGAAGCACAUCAACGGACCUCUUCUCGCGGCUCUCCGGGAAGGCGGCAACGCAACGCUUGUCGUUGCUACACCGAACUCCGAACUCGUUUCUUCGUUUUCGGCAGCGGCGUCCUCGGCAACCACUGCCCCACUUCCCUUCUCCAAAAAUGCCGGCAUCGCCGAGGUUACCUCCACCACCAUGGGCCUCUACCGACAGCUUUUUCCCUUGCUGUUCCGCAACUUAGAAAACUGUGCGGUGGCGCGGCUAUCCGUGGUGACGGCCUCUGCCACGGAGCGCGUGCUGCUGGACAACCUGCACGAUGGCCGUCGCAUUCGAGACGUCACCGAGGCGCAGCACCUCACGCUGCACCGGCGCACCUCGGCAACGGGGUGGGGCACGCUGCUGCAGCUGCUCGAGGAGCGUCACGCCGCGAUGGAGGAGUCGACGACGUCGCUGGAGGGACAAACGGCCUGCGUCGUCACGGUGGACUUCGACGGCUACGGUCGACUCGUGGUGGUGGACACGGCGAGCUCGCAGGAGCUGCUGCAGCAACUGACGCUGCUCCUCGGCAUGGAUGGGGCGGGGGAUCAGCGCACCUACCCACCGCACACGCCUCUGCGUGACUUGUUGCUACGGAACUUCACGCCGCAGGCCACGGUGCAGGUGGUGUGCCUGCCCGCCCCACAGGACACAACACGACAGACAAUGCGCGUAUUACACUUUGGGUCCACCGUCGAGGCGUGGCGGAUCAACGAGACCAGCGACAUCGGCGGCCACAACGGCAGGGAGAACUUUUCCAGGUAUUUUGCAGCGUCAUCAACGAAUACUGCCGACGAGGGGGCUGGGGUGUCGAGGGGACCGCCGAAGCUGUUUUCACGCCCUGCCGCGCCGCCGUCUGUCUCCUUUGACGGAGAGGGUAGACCCCACCGCGGGAAUGGUGCGGAGCGACCGCACGACAACAACAACGACACAGUGAGUGGUGUGAGUGGCCCGCCACGAAACACAAGCCAUGUGGACAGCACAGGAGAAGGACCUGAGGGCCCGAAUAGCAGCAGUCGCAGCAGCAUCACUUCUACUUCAGGAUCGGGGCUGCAGAAACAUGUGGGUCAAGCAGAACGCGGCACCUCGGCCAUUAACAGCAGCAGUCAUCAUCGCGAGUCCACGCCCGCACAGCUGCCGCCUUCGAGUGUAACCACCGCAGACGGCGGACAGCAACGAGCGCGAGAGGCGCAGCUGAGGCGACGAGUAGCGAUGCUUGAAGCACAGGUGCAAGACAUGGAGACGAGCAGCCAAGCGCUGAAAGCAAGACGUGACGAGGCGGUGCGGGCGAAGGAGCGCGUUGAACUGGAGCUGCGAAGCAAGUCGCGUUUGUGGGUCGACCUUCAGCGUGCGCACAGUAAGGCCAAACAGGAAAAUGCCGACUACGCGCAACUGGUGCAGAAACUGCUGCAGCAGGUUCGCGUGCUCGAAAAGGACACAAGUCGGCAGAAGCGGCAGGACUCGGCGGUGGUGCGGGAGCUCCGGCAGGUGCGGGAGGAGAAGAGUGAACUGGAGGCGCAGUUGACGCGACUGCGCAAGGAGGUGAUGCUGUUUCGCCGGGACGCCACCUACCGCGCACGGGAGGCGACACUGUCGAGAAUUGUGCCGAAUGAGCUCUCGGUGCCGUCGCACGGAUCUACCAGAGCAGCAGGGGCGCCUCAGCGGCAACAAGCAUCUCUCGUGUCGUCCACAGCUUCUUCCGUGGCGCGUACAGGGAAGGACAGCGGCGGAGGUCCAGCGGUGCAGCGGAACAGCAGUAGGCGCCGCUCUUUACCUCGUGCGCGCCGGCUGUACGACACCGCCACCGACGUCGAGGAGGAGAAGAGCGCUAAUUUGUUGAGCAAUGGCAGCAGCGGAGGCAACGCUGACACGACUGCGGAGCACAGCCCUGCGCGGCAUCUCGCCCCAUCGCUGCACCCAUCUGCACCGGGGCAGCGAGUGACGGAUAUCGCGCUGGAGGAACUCCGCUGGCGCAACCGGCAUCUGGAGCAGGAGGUGGCGCGGCUGCAGGAGCGUUUGCUCCGCUCGCUCACGGCGGCGACGGCGGCGGACGCCCCUCUGGGUGGACGGGCAUCGCCAUCGUCUCCGACGCCGCCACUGGCAGACGGUGGUGACGUGCCUUUGACCACAUGCAAAAUGUGCGACGUUGUGCGAGAACGCGUGGAAUACUUUCAGAAGGAGUUGGCCCACGUGCGAGAUGAGAAGGAUCGCUUGCUGGACCUCUUGCAAAACUCGCCCACGUCGGCAGCCGCGGUGUCAGGAAGAGGUCAAUCGACGCGUGGCGACGACACGGCGUCUGAGGCGAGCACGGCAGUCGGGGAAGGGGCGGUGAAGGAUGGAAGGACAGUUCACGCGUAUCGCGGCAACGGUGGCCUCCACAACUCACCUGCCCACAAGGGCUCCUCGCUCUCGCUUUCUUUUCUGCAAGCAGAGAACACUGCGACGCGCGGCGUGGCGGCGGCUCUCCUGGCUGGGUGUGCCUCUUUACAGGCUCAACUGGAGUGCGCACAGGCCGCCCUCAAGCAGCGGCUGCGCCGCUUUCACCCCUCCCCCACCGACCCGCUCUCGCACAUUUCGGCGCAGGUGCUGGCGGAACACCACGAGGCGGUGGCGGCGCUGGCGGAGUCGCUGCGACACAUCGCAGAGAAACCGGCGACGAGCCCCUCCCCGUCAACGUCCAUCUCACAGCUCAACGGAUCGCCGUUGCGAGAGGACUUUGUGCAGCAGCAACUUCUACUUCUCCCACCUGUGCCGCGCACCGCAACGGCAGGUAAUGCCGAAACACUCGCGCAUCACCUCACCUUUGAGGCGGAGCGGUGCCGCCACCUGCGUGCGUUCAUUCCCACUUUCGCCCAGCUAGCCGUUGCGACGGAUCAUUUGCUUAUGCGACUUGAGGCCACCGAGCCUGCGAUCGCAGAGAAAUGA